GGGUCCAUCAAGCACAUCCAUCAAGAGUGUUUGGUACAAUGGCUAAACACCAGCAAGAAAACCGAGUGUGAACUGUGUAAUCACAAGUUUAUGUUCCGGCCUAUCUACGCCCCUAAUACACCAACAACCCUGCCCCACACGGAAUUGCUCUUGGCAUUGCUCAAGCAUGCAAGCAACAUGGUUCUGAGGGUAUUUCGCUUGAUCCUGGUCGCUCUGUGCUGGCUGAUAGUUAUGCCGUUUGCCGUAACACGCAUGUGGGCCAUAUUCUUUUCUCCUUCAGGAUCGUUUACAGACGUACAGUUGGACUCCUUUAGCCUAUCGCUUAUGUGUGCGGAGGGCUUAAUCAUCGCAGCGAGUGUCCUGUUUAUCUUUUUGGGCCUGAUUGCUCUGAAUAACUACAUCGUCACCAACAUUCCGGACGAGGAGGAAGACCUAGCGCUCCAAGAAUGGCAAAGGCGCCAAGUGCGACAGAAUCGAAGGCGUUUACGUCGUCAGCGCGAACGCAGGCGACGUGAAGAGCGGGAGAUAGUCGAACGCGUACGCCCGACCGCUAGGGCAUCAGCCCCUGGGGCACCUAGACCGUCUUUACGGGACUCUACGGGCCCUACACAACGCCCACUCAGUAGACGCGCCAGUACCGGCAUGAGACAGCCUAGUAGCAGCGACAAUAUCACCACUGGUCGCCCCACAAGGGCCAGAAUGAGUCCGCGUCUAAGGAGCGGCAAAAUGGCCGGUGACAUGGACCUGUCGCUGGGUGGCUCGGGGGGCGUGCCGAAGGGCUUGGAUUACUCGGAAAGGCCCGCCUUUGUGAACCGUCUGGAUAAGCUAACCCCGGAGCAACGGGCGACGUUUGAGAAGGUGCAGCAGACCUUUGCUGAUCGAGCCAAGGAUGGGGGGGACAAGAAAGAACUCACACCGGAAAUGUUGCGAAGAACCUCCCCAUUCAAACCGGAGGGAUUCCCGGGCAGUCCGAUGUCGGUGGGGUCUGCGGAGAGACUGGCGAAGAUAAACCAGGUUUUAAAGGACAAAACACACAACAGUCCGCGAAGUGGGGCGUCACCGAUUCCACAGGCUCCGUUGAUAUCCCAAUUUUCUUUUGAGGAACAAGAAUAUCGGAAAUCGCCGGUGACAAAGGCUCCGUUGAUGUCCCAGUUUCCCUAUGAACAGCAAAAUUUUAGUAAGACAUCGACGCCAAAGGCGCCUGUGUCCCAAUUCUCUUUUGAAGAAUCGAUAUAUUCGGAUUGCAGUUUGGCAGAUUUGUUGGCAGGCGGCGAUGACUCUCAGGCGAAAAUCAGUAUAGGCUCGGGCACGAGUACAGAUACAGAUACAAAUACUACCACAACCACAACCACAACCACAAGUAAGACACACACAGAUGGGAUAUCAGGUAGUUUGAGGCCUGCAACGGAAGUUUCUGGGAAGUUCAUGGCGUGGUUGGAGAGAGAUCCCGAUUCAUCCCACUCCACUACAUCUCCACUGCAAAUCACCACCCACAGCACGACACCCGACACAAGCAACACAACCAGCGACUCACACGCCACUCUCGCUAGUGCCCAUACACGUGACCCAUUGCACAGUCCACAAUCCCUUCCGCACCACGACAGCGAGACGAAAUCAACACAUCAGGUACAGGAUACCACCAUGGCCGCUAGCCCACAUAAGUCCAGUUUAAAAGCCAGCGACAGCUUCGACACUCUGGGCCGCAGCUGGAGUGAUACUUUGGGUGUCAGUGUGUGGGGAGAUAGCCCCACCACAGACUUCAAGGGUACGCAUGGUAUGCAUGCGGGUCUGGAUACAGCGCCAGAUCUGGCCUCAAGGCUGCGAUCAGACGCAAGCGCCCCGGCAGAGAAUGCGAGCGAGCUUUCUGGAGACUUCAUCCAGAACGGAGGUCUGUUUGGGCCGGGUGCUGCAGCAGCGAGCCGCCUGUCUGGACUCAACCAAGUGGCGCGGAGCGAGGAGAAGGAGCGCGAGUAUACCGCCGCCAUCGCCAGUCUCAUCCAAGAACGCAAGUUAAACGCACGCAAGACACUCGACGGUGUGCAGUCCCCGACCCGCAAGCAAGCGGUAGAUGGGGUGGUGCCACCGGCGAAGCAGGCCUCCACAGGUCCGGAUGGCAUCAGCAGUAGCAACGGAGCCGAGCCAUUCUGGUUCCGGGGUAUGGAACGUGGCCAGGGUAUGGCAGGUGGCACGGACCGACUCUCGUCGUCACAGGACUAUAGCCAUACGAGUGCGCAUGAGAGCCCUCUGCUAGGAUCCGCGGCGCAUGACAGGAUCAUGGGGCGGACGAAUGGGAUACCUCCGGUUAUGCGGUCUCACAGCAGCGGUGAUAGUGCAUCGCAGGGAGAAGCGUCGGUUGGGUCGAGUGCUGCAGGCGAUGGCGAUAGUACACUGAGCGCCAUACGUAUGCAGAUGUACGCCUUACAAGACGACAUGAGGCGGGCUGAGGGCUUACCCGGCACUUCGGCGGGGGUUAGAUAUAGGCCUGCCUCUGCCACUGAUCUAUCUGCGGGUGACCGGGGUGCAUGGGAUGACAAUGGCGCCUAUAGACCUGAGGACAGGACCGGGAGUGGGACCGACCAACCCAACUUCAGCGACGGGGACAUCAGCAACGACACCCCGAGCGAUGGGAGUGACGCGGAGGCAGACGGGCAGCACGACGGCAAUGCGCUCGGGUUCGACUUUGGCCGGGUGGAUAACGGUAAUGACCCAGACGGGGGAGAGGGCGGGUUCGGCUUGGCCGGGCUAUUCGACGGGCCUCACGAAGACGCGAGCUUUGAGGAGCUCAUCGGGCUGAGCGGACCUAUGACCAACCUGCUCGAGAAUCUGUUCUGGGUACUGCUGUUCCUGUCGGCGUUUGUGUGCCUGCUGGGCUAUCUGCCGUGUGUGUUCGGCUUCUACCUCGUACGCAUGGGCCAGUUCCUAAGGGAGUGCAGCGGGGAUGUGGUAGGUAUGGCAGGGCUGUCCUUAUUUGGCCUUGAAACGGGACUUUCGGGCGUGAACUCCACCUUAAGUGAUGUGGUCCACGAUACACUGGCUAGCGUGGCGAAGGAAAGUGCGGUACAUCUUUCAGAAAACCUGACUGUCAACAUAGCCGGCAAUUUCUCCUCCACCCUGAACGGCACCACGGACGCAAUUCUUCUGAACAUCAACCCGCUGUACCUGGAAAAUCUCGUCCUAACGGGGUCUUCUGACGGGUCUCAUCCCGGUCUAACCAGCGCCUCGACACUGUACGACUAUCUGCCAAUCUUCUACGGUCUAGUGGGCUACAUAGGCCUGGCCUCGUUCGCCUCACUAAUCCUCCACGUGACCGAAUCGCGCGACUUCCCCACGGGCGCCUCCCCCACCAACCGCUCGGCCGCCAAGUUUCUGCGCAAGACAUUCGUGUUCUUUGUCAGCCUGGUCAAGGUCUGUGGCCUGGUCUUAACGGAGCUGGGUGUGUUCCCGUUGCUGUGUGGUUGGUGGCUAGACAUCUGUGCCCUGCCCCUGGUGUCGGCGACGCUGAGCUCGCGCGUGCAGUACGCCCAGGCCAACCAUGCGACGGCUGCGUUCUUGCACUGGAUAGCCGGCAUGUUGUACAUGUCGCACUUUGCUGCGUUUGUGGGUGUCGUGAGAGAUGAGGUGCGCCCGGGUGUGCUGUGGUUCCUGCGUAAUCCCAAUGAUCCAGGUUUUCAGCCUGUCAAGGAGAUGAUUGAGCUGCCCGUACAUCACCAUGUGCGCCGUAUUGUCACUUCAGCGGUCAUGUACGGCCUGGUAGUCCUCUGGUUGGUGUAUGUACCCGUCUCCCUGGCGUGCUCCCUGGGUGUGUAUCCCGCGAAUGUUCUUUUGGACGAGCCUCUGGCAGACGUCCCCGUGGACCUAGUGCUGUUCCAUAUGGUGCUGCCCUGGAGUGUGGAGAAGCUUUAUCCGGCCGACGAUGGGAAGAGUUUGGUACGCAAGUGGCUGACUUGGAUGGGCCAGAAAAUGGGUGUAGUGGAGUAUCUACUUGUCCAAGAAGGCGAAGGAGUGCGGGUGGUCAGUGCCGCAGAGCCUGAAGUGGUACCGGAGACCGAGAGCGCGGACGAUAGUGAUCUGGCUGUGGGUGUAGAUGAACCUGCACCUCAAAAUUUGGACUCGGGGCGGGAAAGCCCGGAAGGAAGCGUAGGAAGUGCGGAGAAUAAUUCUGUUGGGGUCUCCAGUGACAGUGACAUGGGAGCACAGGUAGAAAGUUCGUCGCAAACUAGCCUGCACAUGACCACAGUUGAAGACCCAACAUCCGCUUCUAUAAAUAGACCGCAUGAUCAAGCUAUAAAUAGAACGGGGUUUCCAGACCGGCCGGAAGGCUACAGUGGGGGCUUUGUGCUGGGUAGUGGAACGAAAGGUAAGGAAGAAGUCAAUUACAGGACACCAGAGGUCGACAGUCAUAGCAAUGGGUCCCCUUGGGAAAGCCCCUUACCAAGUACGAGCUCGUCCUCGGAUACCGAUACUGAGACGCGCCAAAACCUGCUGCCCAUUAUUGGGACGGCGUCAGACACAGCCGCGUACAGGAGGCAGGCCAUCGAGCGGUCUGUGCAGAAUUAUAAAUAUAGGCGCGCGCAUACACCGUCACAUCCUCAAGAAAGGCGUGGGUCACCCGCACCCGUCUCAGAGGACACCACGACAGAGGAAGAGGGGCCAUCGAGUCAAACAAGCAAGCGAGUGUUUGAGGAUAAGGACCUGGCCAGGCAUGUGAAUGGGUUGGUGUUGACCAGGACAGUGAGCACGGUCAGUUGGAACCACGCAGACCCACCGCUGUAUAUCCGUCCAGACACCCACGUGGUUACGCGCACGCCCAUACAGACACGGGAAGCGACGGGGGAUAGCCUGCUGUCCAGGCGGAGCUCGGGUGGCUACGGAACGGGGCCCAGGAAUACCCAUGCACACAACAGUAGGAGUGCAGCAACCAACGGGCAAGCACGAGCACAGCCACAGCCACGUGAGCUGGUUCCGCCACAGACACGUGACGGUGCACGGCCUGUGCUCGAGGGACAGGAGGAUAGGGGGGAGGCGCAACCGGUUGACAGAGUAGUGCUACCCGAGAAUAACCCCAACGCAGCACCUGCGCAGGCCUUGACGGAGGUGGUGGAUGCCGCGGAUGUGGGCAGAACUAUUGAACACUUCAGACUGAAGAUGCUGGGCUUUGUGACCCUGAUCUUCUUGUCGUUGUUUGCGAUCGACUUGACACUCGCCAUUGUACCAGUGAGUGUGGGGCGCCUGGUCACCACCCUGGUCAUCGGCCGAACCAUCCACGACCUGUACUCUCUAGCGGUAGGUAUAUAUGUGCUGUGGGGAGCCCACGUGGCUGUGCGGGGUAUCAUCACUGCUGCGAACCGGGUGGCUGACCUGGUUGUGGGCAAUGAGGCCAGCGAGGACAGUCAGCAGCACCUUAUUUCCUCUGUAGAUAGGAUCAACAAAGCACUCGGCCUGGUGGUGUGGUACGUACUUGUAAUCCCAUUCCUGGCGGGGCUAGUGAGUGAGCUGCUGUUCAUCAUUCCUCUGACUGUGGCGGAUAAUGAGUCCGUGAUCUUCCACCCCUUCCAGACUUGGGCUGGGGGUAUAGUGUUGACCAAGGUGGCGCACAAGCUACUGAUGCUUGGCCCAGUAAACAGCUGGCAGGACACGUUCCUCAUUCUGGCAGCCACGCCGUACGACGAGCUCGACACAACACACCUACACCAGACCAUCACCAGGCCCGUUGUGGAAGUGUUGCUGCUGAGCUUACUGGUGCCCUAUGUUGCCUCCAAGGGUGUCUUCGCCUUCUUCUGCUCGUCUCCGGAUCUGAUCAACUUCGUAUUCCGGUAUUCGCACCUGGCGUUUCUCUCAGGCGUGUUGUUUUACAAAAUGGCCGAACUUACGCAAGAGUGGGUCAGCACAGUACAUGAUGACGUGAAGAAGAAGAAGUAUCUUAUCGACCUUACUCUACUAAACAUCGACGAUAAGAGCGAUAACGGGGGUGUUGCGCCCACGCAGCAUCUGCAUACGGAUUAGCAUAUGCUUCUUGAAAAUAAAUAUAACUAUGACUGG